AUGUCUCUGUCCAAGAACUUCAUCCGCUCAAGCCGCACCACCCAGCAAUCGCUAUGUCGAUGCAGCAUAUCCCGCCGACAGGUGCAGCCUUCACAGGAACGCCACUUUAGCCGAUCUCGCGCUGUCGCCGCCCCAGUGACCGGAGCAAGUGAAGCCGAAGUCCAAGCAGCUCAGAAAUACUGCUCGAAUCUUCUUCUACAAUACGACCGUCCCUCCUAUACCCUGAGCACCUUCAUCCCCCGAAAUGCGCAAUCUUUCUACAUCGCUCUUCGAGCUCUUAAUGUCUCUCUUUCCCUAAUCCCCGACACCACCUCCUCCCACACCAUCGGGCUUAUGCGCCUCCAAUUCUGGCGCGAUGCAGUUGCCAAAACACUAUCCGGUUCACCCCCGAAAGAGCCAAUUGCUAUUCUCCUCGCCUCUGCCAUUUCAGACCUAGCCGAGCGAACACAAGGCCGGGCGCGCAUCAGCAAAGGCUGGCUGAACAGAAUGAUCAAUGCCCGCGAACAAACCCUUACCAACGACCCGUACCCUGAUAUCGCGGCACUCGAGUCCUACGCCGAAAGCACAUACUCGACAUUGCUCUACCUCACACUCUCAGCACUCCCCAUGACCUCGGUAACGGCGGACCAUGUGGCGUCGCAUAUUGGAAAGGCAGCCGGUAUCACAGCUGUACUUCGUGGUUUGCCAUUGGUAGCAUUCCCGGCUAAGCAGGGAGCCGUAAUGCUGCCAUUGGAUGUAAUGGCGCAGGCUGGAGUGAAAGAAGAAGAGGUGUUUCGCCUGGGCAGUGAGGCGCCAGGAUUGCGGGAUGCUGUUUUUGCGGUGGCCACUCGCGCCAGCGACCACCUGAUUACCGUGCAGCAGAUGCUAAGCAAUAUUCGUGCUGGGCAAGAUGCAGGACAUGAUUUUGAGCACGGGCAUGAAGAGGAUCAUCAGUAUGAUCUCGGAUCCCAGAAUGAGACACCGCUUCAGGAGGUCAAUCGUGCCUUUGGAGUGUUUAUGCCGGCCGUUGGAACGCGGCUGUGGCUGGAUAGGUUGGAGAGUCAUGAUUUUGAUAUCUUCCAGCCUGAACUUCUCCGGUCGGAUUGGAAGCUCCCUUGGAAGGCUUAUAUGGCUUUUACACGGAAGACAUUCUCUUAA